UUACAUUUAAAUAGCAAAAGUAUUUAACUCUAUUUAAACACAUUAAAAAAUAAUCGUAAUGGCACUCAACAACGGAAAACUCACAGUGGAGGAAGAAGAUCAAGGUAGCGAGGAUUUGGGUUAUGCAUCAAAUAUGGGUCUGACUCAAAAAGCUGCGGAAAUGACUCCAGAAAAACAGCCUUUGAAGGCGCUUGGAGAAAUUGACAAAGAGGAUGGUACUGUGAAACGGCGCAGAAGUCGCUGGCAAAAAGUUAGACCGAGAGGCGAGAAACUGCUGAUGACUCUGACGAUUGCAGGAGUUCUCAUCGGUAUUGUGAUCGGAUUUUCCGUUAAAUAUACUACAGAAACUUCAAAAACAACGAUCACCCUCAUCAAAUUUCCAGGAGAAUUAUUGAUGAGAAUGUUGAAAAUGCUGAUCAUUCCUAUUAUUAUAACAAGCGUUGUAACUGGACUCGCAAAUCUGGAUAUGAAAAAAAGUGGCAGAAUGGGAGCUCAUGCAAUUAUAUACUAUCUCGCAACCACCACUAUUGCCGUUAUUUUGGGCAUUAUUCUGGUUACUGCUAUUCACCCUGGAAAUAAAAGUCAAAGAGAUUCUUUCGAGCUUGGUGAAAAUAAAAAAGUUUCAACGCUGGACACUUAUUUGGACCUUCUGAGGAACCUUUUCCCGGACAAUAUCAUUGCUGCAUGCUUUGAACUGGUUCAAACUAAAGUUACAGAGGAAACGGUGCCAGUGAGUCUGAACACUACUUUUGACGAUGUUUUCAACAACACCCUGAAUAUUUCCAUAGCGGCAAACGAGAGUCUGGUUCGAAAUUCCACAAAUUUAAAGAUUUCCAAGAGACUUGAGCGAAUUCAUAAUCCAAAUGUUUUAGGUGUGAUCGCAUUUUUCGUGGCUUUUGGCAUCACGUUGUCAAGUCUUGGAGAGAAAGGAAAACCUCUUGCAAAUAUAUUCAAUAUCUUGAAUGAAAUAUUAAUGAAAAUGAUAAUGAUUGUCAUAUGGUGA